UUUUUAAAUAGAUGGCGCUGCAGAAAUAGCUGGUAUAUGCAGCUUUCCGUUUCCUUUUUAAGUUUGGUUGUAUUCUAGUUACUUAUUGAGUGUUUAAUUAAUCUUUAUCAUAGUUUGAAAAAAAUUUAAUUUAAUCAUGACCAAAGGUACAUCAUCAUUUGGUAAGCGGCGAAAUAAGACCCACACUUUGUGCAGACGGUGUGGCCGAUCUUCAUAUCACAUUCAGAAAUGUAAAUGUGCAUCCUGUGGUUACCCUGAUAGAAGGAUAAGAAAGUUUAACUGGUCUGUUAAGGCUAUUCGUAGGAAGACCACUGGUACUGGACGAUGCCGACACUUGAGAAGAGUCCACCGACGUUUCCGAAAUGGCUUCCGUAGUGCUCCAAUCAAAGCUCCUCAACAACAGACCGCUGCAACCAAUUAAUUUGUUUCAAUAGCUACGAUUUAAUAAACGAUAAAUUAACCGGA